CAAGCCAGCAUGCGUAAACGCCCUACUAACUACUAGCUAUAGAACCCAAUUCCACAAAAGGAAAAAGAGUUGGUAUUAAGGCCAAAAUCAAGAAAGCAAAACACCACCAAAGUUCUAAGAAUCAAGAAAAAAUGGAUUCAGACUCUCUUCUUCCUCUCUCUGAAUCUCUUGAGCUCCCAGUCAUAGAUUUCUCCGAUCAGAACUUAGCACCAGGAACCUCAAAGUGGGAUGAAGUGAAGGAUGAUGUCCGUAAAGCGUUAGAAGACUACGGUUGUUUCCAAGCAUACGUUGACAAAGUGUCAAACAUUGAGCUUAACAAGCCUGUUUUUGAAGCCAUGGAAGAGCUAUUCGAUUUGCCGGUUCAGACCAAACAGAGAAACGUGUCUUCUAAACCCCUUCAUGGGUAUCUAAGUCACAAUCUUUACCAGAGUUUAGGGAUAGAAGAAGCUAAUGAUGCUGAGAAAGUUAACUAUUUUACUCAACAGCUAUGGCCUGAUCAUGGAAACAAGAGUAUUAGUGAGACGAUGCACAAGUUCUCAGAGCGAUCAGUGGAACUGGAUGUGAUGGCGAGAAGAAUGAUAAUGGAGAGUUUUGGGAUAGAGAAGUACCUUGACGAACAUCUGAACUCUACAUAUUAUGUUCUUCGAUUGAUGAAGUAUACAUCAGCUCCUGAUGACGAUGUAGAAGAGACAAAGCUAGGUUUACUUUCUCAUACCGACAAGAGCAUUACUACAAUACUUCAUCAAUAUGAAGUUGAUGGUUUGGAAAUUAAGACCAAAGACGAAAAAUGGAUCAAAGUGAAACCAUCUCAACAUUGUUUCAUCAUCAUGGUUGGAGAUUUUCUCUGUGCACUUUCUAAUGGUAGAUUGUAUUCUCCACGUCACCGAGUCUUGAUGACGGCAAAUAAGACAAGGUAUUCGUCUGCAAUGUUCUCUGUUCCUAAACCAGGAGUUAUCAUAGAUUCACCUGAAGAACUUGUCGACGAAGAGCAUCCUCGUAUGUUCAUACCCUUUGAGUAUAAUGAAUUCAUUAACUUCUUUCACUCGGAAGCUGGUCGUAAAGCUGAAUCUGCUCUCCAUGCUUUCUGUGCUCUCUGUAACAUUUUAAACUUUUAUUCACAACAAUGAAUGUAAUGACUUUACAUUUUAUGGUUUAGGUUUUGCUCCUAUUUCUUUUCAUGUUUUUGUAAUUUGAUAUGUUAUCACAUGGGUACAUUAACUCUA